AUGGGUUGUGCGGCCUCAGCUGCAGUGACGGAGUUACCCGCGUCUCUGCACGUGCCCGCAAAAGACGCAGUAUCCCUGCCUACUCACAGCAACAAGGGGCUCAGCAAGAACUCUCUUCAGAGCAGCAGCAGUGGGCGGUAUAAUAAAACUGCUGUGGCUGGCAAUGUAUUGGCCGGAGCGAGCGGAGGCGGCGAUAACUGCCGAGCGAAGGAAAAUAGUGCCCAGAGCCGCGACUCCAACUGGAGUGAAGACUUUGGUGAACUCAAGAUCCUAACUGUGACCACCGACGAUGAAUUUGACGUGAAGUCCAUUAACAAUAACGAAGGAGGUCGCAGGGGGUCUGGUGAAGCGCUCAGCAGCGGCGAUAACGAGGCCCCCAAUUUUGCCGUCUUCUACAACAAACCACAGGAGUGUUUCUGCUGUCACUCCUCUGCAGUGACGUACGAGUGUCAGUACUGUGAGACUUUUUAUGUCUGCGACGAAUGCCUCUCUGGUGGAAACUGUAAACAUAACCCGCUUCAUCCGCUGAUUCCCAUUUAUGGAAUGCAUUCCUUUGGUAGCGGGACGUUCAGCACCAGCGUGGGGACGAUAGACGAGGGAACCUGUAGUGUCUUCUACGAUCCAUGUGAUGUAUGUGCGCGGGUGAUCAACGAUGUGGAGCUGGUAUACCACUGUGAAGAGUGUAAUGCCGUAAUCUGUAGUGCCUGCCACCAAACUCAUGGAAGUGCCGUGCACGAGCAUGAGAUCAGGCCGUUCCGGCGUUGCCUUUGCAGUGAUGCAACAGGGUCGACGCUUGUAAGUAAACGCCGCAACAGUAAGGGCAAUAAAGUCAUCAAUGGCUACGUGGUGAUUCGGCAGCUCGGUAAGGGAUCAUACGCCAAGGUGAACCUUGUGCAGCACUGCGGGGAUAACACCCUGUAUGCGCUGAAGAUUCUGCGUUACAACAGCGUAAAUAGGGCGCGACGAGUUCUGCAGGGAAAGUUGACCAGCGACGAUGAUUGGUUGCGUGAAAUUGCCGUGAUGAAGUUUGUGUCCCAUCCCAACAUAGUGAAACUCAAGGAGGUGAUUGGUGACACGGAGGCAAAAAAGGCGUACCUCGUUAUGGAGUAUUGUGCAAAGGGGCCCGUACACACCCUCGGCAACCCACCCCUCCCUUUAGAAAAGGUGCGCAAGUAUAGUCGGGACAUUAUGGCUGGACUGUUGCACUUUCACAAUCAGUAUUUGUUUCACCGCGACAUUAAACCCGCCAACUGUCUUGUAGACGACAACGAUGUCGUGAAAAUUGCCGACUUUGGAACGUGCAGCAGUCAGAUGAAGAACACCACCACCGACGGUACUCCUGCCUACUCGUGUCCAGAGCUGAUCACCGGGGCGCGUGUACCAGGCGACGUGGUGGAUAGCUGGGCCUUUGCUCUGACAGUGUACCAAAUGAUGUUUGGCACCCUCCCAGUCUCCACAGAUAGCCUUCAUGAACUUCGGGAAACUCUUUUGAGUGAUGAGCCCUUAACUAUUCCACCCGAUUGCGAUCCGGAGCUGCGGGACCUUCUUUCAAAGAUGCUGGAGAAGGAUCUCUCCAAGCGCAUGCUCCUGAGGGAUGCGGUGCACCACCCGUUUUUUUGCAUGGAUAACUCCAAGGAGCAAUCCCCGUGCUAUAGGACAUCUGAGAGUGCCUUGAAUGUGUCUCCAAAUGGGCCCUACGCGUGUGCGGUGGAUACGGUGGUGCGAGGCAGAGGGGUAGAGGACUGCCUUCACGGGAUGCGGACGAUUCGCAAGCUGCACCGUAAGCUCCACGCGUGGGAUGCCAGCCCGAUGGAUAGUGACAAUACCGGCAACCCCGACUCUGGUGAUUCACAUUUCACGCUACUCACAGACUCUCUGAACCCAAAACAUCCCUCCAUAAAUGAGGCGGAUGCGCUGCACGUUGUCUCCACAAUGUUGGGCACGCUGGAAAGGGGGCAGUUAAAACUUCACGGUAUGCCCCUAAAAGAGUUUCCCUCCUUUAUUAAUGAUGCAAGCGACAUGACGAAAAUGCAACUAUCUCACAAUGGCUUUUGCGCCAUUGGUAGCGCUGACUUUUCGCGUUUACGAAUGCUGCGCGAGGUGAGUAUCACGAAUAACUCUCUUAGCAAGUUCCCGGUUGAAGUUCUCGCCGCCCCCUUUUUGCGCAAAGUUGACCUCUCAAAUAACCGCAUCCCGGACGUGCCAGUGGAUAUUCUGAAGGCAAACAUGUUGGAACGCCUAUCCCUUUGCAACAACUGCAUUCGGUAUGUUGGCACAGAUGCAUCAGAGAGAUCUGUUUUUUCUGGCCGCUGCCUGAGGCAUGUCUGGCUGAGUGGCAAUCCGUUGGCGCACCUCCCAGCGGCACUGCAAACUUGCCCCCGCCUGGAGUUAGUUUUUGACGACUUCCCUGUCCUUGUGGAUGAGUGGAAUCACUUGCUGCAGAGCGUCUCAUCGGUUGUGGUGGUGUGGAACAACAUCUGCCCCCGCCAGAUAUGCCCGGAGGUCCCCAUCUUCACUGCAGCGAAGAGCAUCCACUUAUUCAGUUUUUGCAUUUUGGAGAUUCUUGACAUUCGUCAUGUGGUGUUGCCGCGCUUUGGGGAGUGGCUCCCCAUUGGCGAGCUCCCCGCUGAGGAGAUGGAGUACGUUGGGCGGCACGUGGCAGACUACGUAGAAGACCUACCAGAGAACAUAAGGCGCACGCUGCAGACGUCUCUGCCAACUAUCACAGACGAGAGGGGAGGCAUGUCGCAUGCAUUGCGGGCGCGGCCGCCCAUUCUGCGCCGCGCGGCAUGUCGAUUUUUGCACAGCUACUUUAUCGUGGCGGAAUCGCGGUACGACGAGUGUGGAGGCUACAUGGCGCUUUUGGACUACUUACGCAAGUGCCUUGAAAAAGGGGAGCGUGUCUUCGUAUGUUUUGAUGAAAAGAAAAUGUCACAGACGAUGUGUGAAACCUUCCUUGCUGUGCUCUGCCAGAUGAUACAAGAAAGGUCGUCGUAUGAAGUCGACGUGACGGGGUGCUUCCAGAUGGUUGUUGAUGCGAUGAAGGGACUCCACGGGUAUGACGGGGUCAGGAAUGUACGACGGGGUGCUCUCGGUACGCAAAAAUGA